GUCCUAAGGAAGUUGCUAAGCGGUUUGUUGACUGCAAAAAGACGCGGGAGUCUCAGGGACUCCAGCGAAAAGCUGAUUAGAUUUAAAUUUCAGGAUUUUUAUUUGGAUUCUGUAUAACAGAUCAAGUUAUGACUUUCCGGAGGGGAGUGCUGAUCGUGCUGGAGGGAGUGGACCGGGCCGGGAAGAGCACGCAAUGUGCGCGGCUGGUGCAGGCGCUGCAGCAGAACGGCCGCCGGGCAGAGAUCAUCAGAUUCCCCGACAGAACAACACCGAUCGGACAGCUGAUCAGUUCAUAUCUGGAGAAGAAGAGUAACCUGGAGGAUCACACUGUACAUCUGCUCUUCUCUGCAAACCGCUGGGAGUUAGUGCCUUUAAUCAGAGAGAAGCUGGAGCAGGGAAUUAACCUGGUGGUGGAUCGCUAUGCUUUUUCUGGAGUAGCUUUCACCAGCGCCAAACCCGGCUUCUCAUUGGACUGGUGUAAGCAGCCUGAUGUGGGCCUACCAAAGCCGGACCUGGUGAUGUUCCUGCAGCUGAGCCCCGAGGUGGCAGCUCAGCGGGGGCAGUUCGGAGCCGAGCGGUACGAGAUCAGCUCCUUCCAGCAGACGGUCCAACAGAGGUUUGAAGAAAUCAGGAACGAUACAUCAAUCAACUGGAAGGUGAUUGAUGCGUCUAGAAGCAUUGAAGAGGUUCACACAGAUAUUAAAUCAGCGAGUGAGAAAACCAUCGACGUCGCCCAACAUCUGCCUGUUGGAGAGCUGUGGAGGUGACUGGUUAAUGAGAACUGUAUUCUUGACUGGUUAAUGAGAACUGUGUACACAUUAAAUAAAAACCUCACAAUAAAAUUUACUGAAGCAA